AUGUACCACAGAGCAGAGCACAGAGCAGAACACAGAGCAGAGCACAGAGCAGAACACAGAGCACAGAGCAGAGCACAGAGCAGAACACAGAGCAGAGCACAGCACAGAGCAGAGCACAGAGCAGAACACAGCAGAACACAGAGCAGAGCACAGAGCAGAACAGAGCAGAACACAGAGCAGAGCACAGAGCAGAGCAGAGCACAGAGCAGAGCACAGAGCAGAACACAGAGCAGAACACAGCAGAACACAGAGCAGAGCACAGAGCAGAACACAGCAGAACACAGAGCAGAGCACAGAGCAGAACACAGCAGAACACAGAGCAGAGCACAGAGCAGAACAGAGCAGAACACAGAGCAGAGCACAGAGCAGAGCACAGAGCAGAACACAGAGCACAGCACAGAGCAGAGCACAGAGCAGAACACAGAGCAGAACACAGCAGAACACAGAGCAGAGCACAGAGCAGAACACAGCAGAACACAGAGCAGAACACAGAGCAGAACACAGCAGAACACAGAGCAGAGCACAGAGCAGAACACAGCAGAACACAGAGCAGGUGUGUUUGUAGAGCACAGUUCAUAG